UGAAGUACACCGCUUUCCGGUCGUGGUAUGUGCUGUUAGCUUGACAGGCUAACUCAUUUCUACCAGCUAAUAUGUCUGCGUGUGUACUCCACGAAACGGGUCUGACUGAGAAACAUGAGAAAAUUUUAGGGCGGAGAGCGGAGCUCCUGCAGCAGAUGGAGGGUUCAGGAGAGCAGCUGUGCAGGCGGCGGCAAGUGGAGGAGUGUGAGGCGGCGCGCCGCAGGAACAGCACCCUGGUGCAGGUAAUAAGAGCAGCAUGCUGCACAGUGCAGAUUAAAGAGCUGACUGUGUGCUCUCUGUUCCUACAGGAUUUACAGAGGAUAGAAGACCGUCUCAGAGGGACGUGGCUGCCGCACCCACAUCUCCUGGCUCUGGAGACAAGAUACUGGGCGUCUGUGGAAGAAUCUCUCCCAGACUGGGAGAGAUUCUUCCUGGGUAAAGGCCCACCCCCUGCUCCUGGAACAGGACAGCCCCCCAGGAAAACACGCCUGCCACCUCGCCCUCAACCCAGGACGGGUCGAUUGGAGCGAUGACGCUAAGCAGGGCCCUGUAGUCAGAGAGAUUGGUGACCAAACCCCGGUGGAUCUCACACCCCAUUCAUUAGAAUACCACAGCCAUGAUGACAAGCUUUCAUGAACAAGCGUUUAUCUGUGGAUUGGAAAGAGAUUCCGUGACAAAAACUGUAGGAAAAGCAAAUCAGAAAGACAUCCACCGUCUAUUAAAAUGUAUCAGUCCACAACAGCCACCAGAUUUAAUAUUGAUUCAAGAAUCAAAUAUUGUUAUUAUGCAACAAUGCACAUUUUGUCCAUUUGUAACAGAACAAACACAUGACAAACAGUAAGACAUUCCUCGACAGCAUUUUGAGUCAAAUGAAUGAAUGAACAAAGGCAACAAAAACAACUCUUGGCGAAGAUAACACGGCAGACAUUUGAGGAGAACACCGUCCAUCAGCUGUGACUGCGUUGCAGCAGCACCAGGAGUCAUGAUGUCAACAAAGAGUGCUCCUCCUGUGGCCCUCCAGAGUCCCGAUGUCCACCAUCAUGAGCAGCUUCAUCUGGGUCCAGAUGGAUCCAAGUCUCUGCGAGGAUGUUGGCUCCAGUGUCACCGACCUCCGACUGCUUUGAGCCAUCUCCUUUUUCAGCGAGCAGGCAUCACACCGACAGAAGCAUGCUGGGUAGUGGAGUAGCCUCUGGUCCUAGCUCCUCCCUGCACAGUGUGGUGGCGUUUGACUGUGGGGAUCGUCUCAAAGUCCACUGCACACUUCCCUUUCGGAAGUUGAUGAAUUCAUUCUGUCAUAUGCCAUUAGUGAUAAAUCUAUUAAUCAACGCAUAAAGAGGAGUGAUGACCCUCAAGCCUACACUAAUCACUUUAAAUCUCAACUAAAGUGCUGAAAGACAACAUGUGUGUGCUGCAUCUAAUGAUCUCAUGAUGCCACUGGAUUCUAUUCUGUCUGUUAUUGUAAAAUGAGCAUCGUGGCCAGUUCUUUGUGUAAUUUGUUUAAUUUAGUGGAUGUUAAAGUUAUUUUAACACAACAUGCUUUAAAAUGAAAUCCAUUGCUUUACAUAAGAUAUAAUUCAACAGAAAUGUUAUAUUUGUGCGACUGCGAGUGGAAACAGCCUCCAGAAUAAACUCCUGCUGAGGCAGAGGAGCUGGACUUCCUUCAAGGAGCA